AUGUCGCCGUGGGAGAUGUCUGCGCCCUACCACGAGUUCCUCCUCGACGACAUGAAGAAGCUCCUGCGUGCACGCCUUUACCUGGCACCGAUGGAGUCCCUGCACUUAUCUCACCUGUGCACCCAACUCGUCUCCGGACUUCUGACGGGCGCGAACCAGCAAAACAAGCGCGACGACCGCUGCUGGAAAAAGCACAUCCUCAGCUGCAAGACAGGCGAUGAGAAGAAGACCACGGUGGUGAAUUUUUUCACGCGCCUGGAAUUCCAGGAUGGUUCCCGGAAGCAGGCCACUCAGAUUUACCACGGGAGCGGUCGCCCACACCUCCACUGCUUGCUCUGGCUGGAAGACGUGGCGGACAUCGAGCUGGACAAGUCUCUCAGCGCGACGCUCCCCGCAGACGAGACUCAGGCCGCAUACGUUAAGGGCUCCCAGGACAGCCGGGACGGGGACAGCAUGUGGGAGAUUCAUGACGGGCCUUCCACCUACGACGCCAACGCGUCGCGCCUGCACCUGCACCACACUCGGGACGACUCCGAGGCCGGCCGCCGCGCAUACUUCCCCGACAUUAUGUGCGUCACGAAAUACUUGCUCAAAUUCAGCGAUGCGAACUACGACGAGUGGAUGAACGGUAAGGCGGCCGCAAAUUCCAUCGCUUGGCGCGUGCUGAAAGCGUACCUUCCCUUCGAGCCAGAGAUGUGGGGAGUGGGGACGCAGAGCCGCGGACUGCGACACCUGGUAACGCCCGACGGGUCCGAGAUCACGUCGGAGCUGAAGGCGUACAUGAAAAGCAAGUGGCGCCACGAUGACAUGAGCUUCCUGGAGUUUCUCCGGAAGACUACCCACAAGGGCGCCAUCGCCGGUUGGUUGAAGAAGCUGUGGAAGGAGCGCCCAGAGGAACAGAUGCACCUGACGGAGACGGAGUUCGCGAACGAGUAUACCAUGCGCGGUGAGCAACUCGUGGCGGUGGACACUGUCUGGCGCCACAACGAUAAGUUCUUCCGCCAGUGGGUCCUAAAGCAUGUGCCCUUCCGCAAAAAGGAAGACCUCGAUGUGUCAGAGGUGACGGCAAGGCUCUGCGCGGACCAAAGCCGCGUGCCGCCCCACCUGCACAACUUCUGGAACUCCUCAGACCGUAUACGCAAGGAGAUGAAGGAUGAGGCCCACACGGAGGACCACAUCGAGGAAACUGUGGCGCUGCUGGCUGGACACCGCACCCUGAUCGAACAGUUCUGGACGGGCGAACUUGACAUGGCGGACGAUCCGGGCGCGAUAUCCGACCCCAGGACCUUCAAACUCAACGCCCUGCAGGGCGUAUUCGAAAGAGAGAUCGCAAAGCACGUGACGCUCGCCCUCCGCGCGACUCGGGCCCAGGACGAAACAGAACUGGAGGCAGCUCUGCCAAGCAGCGCCUCUGCCAUGGUGGCUCAGGAGUCCAUCUAA